AUGACCUCUAUCGCAUACAACUUCUUUCAUGGCGCCUAUCUUGACCACAAGAUCCAAACUCUUCAGCGGCUCGUUGACAGUGAUCCUGCCAUUGCUAGGCAUAAAGAUCUCGAGAGACGUAUCCUAGAGGUUCAUCUUAAAAUUAUUGAGCAUAACGAUGACACUAAUGAGGAUGCUGAUGUGUGGGAAGCUAGACACCUGCAUUUAGUUUCUGAAAAGGAAGUACUGGUGGGGGUUCAAGUUCCCUUGACUGAACACGCGAAGACGUUGCUAUCCGAAUUGGGGCGCUUCAAGUUCUCGAAGUGGGUAUUUGAGUUGCAGUUGGGGCGAAUCACUGAGUGA